AUGAAUAAUAAUCUGGGUAUUUUGAAUAACAGAUUUCACAAGAAAGCUAUAUAAAGUCGAAAGAGACAAACUUCAGCAGAUACCAAUACUAUCCAUUAAAUGUAAGGAGGAAAGAAAAAAAAUGAAUACUAUGAAAGAUGGCUAACUAAUUAAAAGAAUCCAUAAUUAAGAUCAGAUUCUGAAUCAAAUCUUGAUAAUCUAACACCCUUAACUCCAAAAGCUUAAAUUCCAAUUAAACUAGAGCCUAAAUUAAUAAGAGAUGUCAUACAGAAAUUCUAUUCAGAUGAAAAUGGUCUUUGA